ACGCUGUCGUUUUACGUGAUAACAAAAGCAGAUUGAGAGAAGCAGCAGCAGUAACUGCAGCCUGGCAUUCGAGGCUCGCGCCAUUCCUCUUUCUGCUCGCUCCUCUGUAAUUUGUAAGCCGUACAUUUCAUCCUUGCAAUUUCGUGGCUUGUUAGCUUUUCCGUUUUGGAAAGACGGGAUCCAUACAAUCUGGGAAGUGGCAUGAAAACGAAGAAGAUUCUACGCAAGCUUUGAGACAUACUUUCGGCUUAGGAAAAUAGGCUUUAAAGUUUGACCCACCCCUUGUUUAGUAACAACAUUCAGCAUUUUUCUUAGUAUUUGUAGCCUACCGUCCAUGGCGGCCAUAUCAUUCACAACCCACAUUCAAAGACCUCCGGUACCUUUAUUUUCUACACCCAAAAUCCCUAAAACAAAACUCAGAGUCUCAACUCAAGCUUCUCCAACUUCACAAGUCGCCUUAUCAGACCCCUUUGUUCUACAACUAGCUGAAGCUCUUGAAGAUUCACUACCUUCUUCUUAUGCUUCAUCUCCUUUACCUUUACAAAAUCUCAGAGACUCUUCCUCUGAGGCCCUCCUCUCAACCCCAUGGCCGUCUCGCAAAGAUGAGCCCUUUCGCUUCACUGACACCUCCUUCAUCAAGAACUCCCAAAUCCAACCAAUCUCUCACCCUCCGACCUUUUCAAGCAUUUUGGAAGAUACACAAAUUCCAAAUCUGGUUAUAGUUGAUGGGUUUGUCGUAAGUUUCUCAAAUUUGAGCGAAUUGCCGGAUGGGGUUUAUGUGGGUAGCUUUCAGCAGCUGUCAGAACAGACCGUUAUGGAAAGGGUGUCUGAGUUUGUGUCUAGUAGUUGUCGGGGUGACUUAUUUUGGUCUAUUAAUGGAAUCGGGGCUCCAGAUGUAACUGUGAUUUAUGUACCUUCUGGAUGCCGUGUAGAGACUCCAGUUUAUCUGCGGUACUUUGCAAACGAGGGCAGUGAUGAGGGGUCAAAUAAACUGCCGUUAGCGAAUCCAAGGGUGCUUGUGUUGGUGGAGAAGGGAGGGGAGAUUGGUAUAAUUGAGGAGUUCUUGGGUGGGGAUGGCGACAAGUGUUAUUGGACAAAUUCUGUUUUUGAGGUAGUGGUUGGAGAAGGAGGAAAAGUUACGCAUUCCUAUGUUCAGAAUCAAUCUCUGAAUGCUGCCCAUAUAAAGUGGACUUGGGUCCAUCAGGAAUCAGCUAGUACAUACGAGCUUGUGGAGGUUAGUACUGGUGGAAAAUUGAGCAGGCAUAAUCUCCAUGUUCAACAACUGGGACCAGACACAGUCACCGAGUUAUCAACACUGCAAUUGUCUGUCGGUGAUCAAACACAUGAUCUGCAUAGUAGUGUAGUCCUGGACCAUCCACGGGGUUAUUCCAGACAACUUCACAAAUGCAUCGUGUCUCAUUCUCUAGGCCAAGCUGUAUUUGAUGGGAACAUAAGGGUUAACAGAUAUGCUCAGCAAACAGACGGUGGGCAGCUGACAAGAAGUCUUCUUCUUGCACCUCGUGCAACUGUAAAUGUCAAACCGAAUCUUCAAAUUAUUGCUGAUGAUGUCAAGUGUUCCCAUGGAUGUGCAAUCAGCGAUCUAGAAGAAAGCCAGCUCUUCUAUUUCCAGGCACGUGGCAUUGAUGUAGAGGCAGCGAGAAAGGCUCUCCUCUUUUCCUUUGGUGCAGAGGUGAUUGAAAGAUUACCUUAUAAUUGGAUGAAAAAGAACGUGGAAAAUCAAAUUAGAGAAUUGUUGGAUCCUACUACUAAUACAGGAUCCGCAUAAUUGGAUGAUCUAGCACUGAUUGUCGGUUACGGGCAUUCUAAUUCUCAUCGAAAAUCAAAUAAAUUUUGGUCUUGUUUGAAACUAUCGAACGCUUGUGCUCCAUUUGAUUAAUUUUGUCAAUGUAAAAUGGUUCCUGUUGUAUCAGAGUUGUCUAUUCAUCAGCAAUUGAAACCGAUGCUUUACGUCA